UGUAGGGGAUAACGCACGGGCCAAUACAAAUCGACCACCUGGCGACACCGCGGUCUCAAGGUCCACGAGCGUUCAGCGAUCCAGCCUACACACUCCGCGAACGCCCAAUCACGCGCGGAGCAAACCAACAAUCAUGUGGAAACCUACUGUCUUGCUCGCUGCCGCACUGGUAGUGCCCGCUCAGGCACUGCACUUCUUCAUUGAUGGCGCAGUCCAGAAGUGUUUCUUUGAAGAGCUUCCCAAGGACACUCUGGUCGUUGGACACUACCACGCCGAAGUAUGGAGCGAUGCGACCAAAUCCUUCGUCUCGAACCCGGACACCGGUGUAUUCAUUACCGUCGAAGAGACAUUCGACAACAACCACCGCAUCGUCGCCCAACGCGGUUCCCGCGAGGGCAAGUUCACCUUCAGCGCCGCCGAUUCAGGACAGCACCGCAUUUGCGUUACCCCUCAGAACGUUCAAAGCGGAGGAUGGCUGGGUAGCGGUAUCCACGGCUCUGUCAAGUUCACAUUGGAUAUGGCGAUUGGAGAGACGAGCAGGAUUGAGAGCACAGAUAAGGCGCAUGUCCAGACGUUGACUGAGAAGGUUCAGGACCUGAAUUCAAGGCUGCAGGAUGUUAGGCGUGAGCAGAUCUUCCAGAGGGAGCGCGAGGCCGAGUUCCGCGACCAGUCUGAGAGCACCAACUCCCGUGUCGUCCGAUGGACCCUGAUUCAGCUUGCGGUCCUUGGUGUCACUUGCGCGUGGCAGCUAACGCACCUUCGAGCGUUCUUCGUCAAGCAGAAGCUUGUGUGAUUGACGGUGGUUCUGAUUGAAAGAGGCAAUACCAUACAGGGACGGAAAAGAAGCAUGCUGGGUCACAUGCAUCAAAGCAUUGUACUGUAGGCUCCGGCGUUGGAAAGGGCAUCAGGGUUAGCGUUUCGAAUUGAAUGAUUGAAGCACAUGAGCUCAGAGAUCUGCACAUCGUGGGUCGAUAUAUCAUAUAUUUCCUUCCUGCCGAA